AUGACAGGUCAUUCGUCGGCAACCAUUAAAAGUUAUAUGAAAUUGUUUAGGGAAAUGGUUGCUAGCACCCUUGAAGAUGACGACAAUAGGAUUGGCGGACCUAAUGUGAUCGUCGAAAUCGAUGAGACUAAAAUGGGUAAAAGAAAAUAUCAUCGAGGUCAUCGAGUUGAUGGGGUGUGGGUAAUUGGUGGAGUCGAACGGACAGAGGAAAAAGGAUGCUUCGUAGAAGUAGUUGCCGAUAGGACUGCUGAUACCUUACUUGAAGUUAUAUCCCGACAUGUUUUGGAAGGCUCUAUCAUAUAUACAGACAUGUGGCGGGGAUAUAAUGGGCUUGAAGGUUUAAACCCUGUAACUGGUGUUCAUACUAAUACUAUUGAAGGAUUGUGGAAUGGUUUGAAAUUGAGAAUCCCAGCCCGUGAUAGAACCAAGGAUGAAGUCACCAACCACCUCCAUGAAUUCGUAUGGAGAAAAAAAAAAAAUAAUAUAUGGGGUGGUUUUAUUAAUGCUUUAAAAACCACAAGUUAUCCCGAUCCUGAAUAA